UGCAGGGAUCAAAGCUGGAAAUACCUCUGUGGCUUGCUAAAGGUCUACAUGACAGCAAAAGAAGAAUAAUUUCUGUGGAAUUGCCAAAGAUUUACAAGGAAGCCUGGAGGACAGUGUUCAGCGCUGAUGCCAAUGUUGUUGAUCUGCAUAAAAUGGGGCCAUACUACUAUAGAUUUGGCUCCCAGGUCCUGAAUUUUGACAAUCCAGAGAAUCCUGAGAUAGCUCAGACUAUCCUGCAGACAUUUAUUAGCCGUUUUCGUCGUAUCAUGGACUCCUCUCAGAAUGCCUACAAUGAGGACACAUCAGUGCUGGUGGCUCGGCUGGAUGAAUUGGAGCGAGCCUUAUUUCGAGCUGGCCAGAAAGGGCUGAAUGACUUCCAGUGCUGGGAAAAGGGACAGGCUUCUCAAAUCACAGCUUCCAGUCUGAUCCAGAAUUAUGGGAAAAGAAAGUUCACAGAUAUGGAUGGUUAAAAGUCUGAAGAACAUGCAGCUGCAGUGGGGGACACAGAGA